AUGCUCGGUGUCAUACACUCUGCCGCCUCAGACUUCUCUGCUUUCUGCUAUCCUCGGUCUCUUUUCUCUCCUGUCAUCUGCAAUGAAGUCCAUGAGACGUCCAUUGAAGAGCGCUACUGCCCGAAACAACACAUACAUGAGUGCGAUGAUCGGGAGUGGGAGGAGCUCCUUGCUGAGGGACUUCAGCUCUUCGAUGAGUCUGAGGCUGAUGUAUUCCCUCCAUCGGACCAGCUGUUCAGUGACAUACACGACGAAACCGAAGAUUUGAAGACACUGAAGACACACGAGGACGAAGAGAUGCAAAAGUCUACACCUGAUGCUCCUCCACCGACUCCAGAAUCUACUCUGUCAACUCCGUCGCUCAUUGGUGGUAAUGGCCGGGAAGACAGCAUUUCCUCAAUCGGCGAUGAAUCCGAACCUGAUUCUGACUACGAUGGUGAAGGGAGCGCAAAGAAAGCUAUGAUUGUUGCCAAACUGUCUGUCUCUAGGAACAAGCGAAAGCGAGGGAAAGGAUCGAAGCCGUUUAGCCCUCGCAAGCGCCUCUGUCGCACGGACUCCACGAACUCAGAUUCUACAAUUUCGUCAAUCGCAUCUGUCAGCAGCAACACGUCAAGUGCAACUGCGUUACUUCUGCAGAGUAUGAUGAAGUCUGAAAAUCCUUGGAAGUGCCCUCAUUGCCCCUGGAUCCAGCACACUCAGCGUCUUCCAGAUUUCCUCCGUCAUCAGCGCUCGCACUUCGUCUCUCAAUCGGAUUGGCCUUGCCCCAACCCUAAAUGCGGCAAAGGAUUCGCUAGAAAGGACUCUUUGAAAAGACACCUCGACAACAAGGCUACGGGCUGCAAACGUCCUCCCGGAUAUACAGUCUGCUAG